CGCCACUCUUUUCAUUUGCUAGCCUAAAAGCACAGUUCAAUGCCGUCUCUGCAAAAGAAAUUGCUAGAUGAAGAAAGCCUUGCUGAAUCAGUGCCACAGGCACACUCGAGGAAGCCUGGAUGGAAAGCCAUGCCUUAUAUUUUAGGGAAUGACACAAUUGAGAGGCUGGCAACAUUUGGAAUGCAAGCAAAUUUUGUGGUGUAUUUGAUGAAAGUGUAUAACAUGGAUCAGGUUCUUUCUGCAAACAUUUUGAACGCUUGGCUAGCUGUCUCGAAUAUUACUCCUCUCAUUGGGGCCUUUAUUGCUGAUGCCUACUUGGGAAAGUUUCUAACAAUUACCCUUGCAUCCUUUGCUAGUCUUGUGGGUAUGGCGAUAGUCAUGUUAACGGCUUGGGUGCCGAAAUUUCAUCCUGCACCAUGCUCAAUUCAGCAGCAGCAGUUUGGUAAAUGCACAGGCCAAACAAAUUUCCAAAUGGGAGUCUUAAUGUUUGGUCUUUUCUGGCUAUCUAUUGGCACUGGUGGAAUUAGGCCUUGCAGUGUUCCCUUUGCUGUUGAUCAAUUUGAUUUGACCACUGCUGAAGGAAGGCAUGGAAGUAGCAGCUUCUACACUCUAUACUACACCACACAGACUCUGAUCAUGUUGAUCAACCAAACCCUAUUGGUUUAUAUCCAGGAUUCUGUUAGUUGGACCCUUGGUUUUGCACUGCCCACUGUGUUUAUGUUGAUUUCAAUUAUUUUGUUGUUUGCUGGUACUAAAGUUUAUGCCUAUGUUAAGCCUGAGGGAAGCAACUUUUCUAGCAUAUUUGAAGUGCUAGUUGCAGCACAACACAAACGCCAUUUUCAUGUGCCUGCUGCUGAGGAAACAGAAGGAGCCUUUUAUGAUCAUCCACUCCAUGAUGAUUCAGAAACAAAGCUGCCUCUUACAAAUGAAUUUAGAUGCUUAAACAAAGCUGCUAUUGUAGAGGAGAAUGAAUUGAACAAUGAUGGGUCAAGCAAAGACCCAUGGAGACUUUGUAGCGUCCAACAAAUUGAAGAGCUGAAGUGUUUGCUCAAGAUCAUGCCAAUAUUCAUAACCAGCAUUAUAGUCAACAUUCCAAUAGGACAACAAGCAAUAUUUGGAGUGUCACAAGCAUUGAAAAUGGACAGGAACCUGGGGCACAAUUUUGAGAUACAUGCUGGGUCAGUAAAUGUGAUAAUGAUGCUGUCAAUAGGCGUGUUCCUCCCAAUCUAUGACCAAAUAAUUGCCCCAGCACUAGAGAAAAUCACCAAGCAAGAGGGGGGGCUCACAACCCUCCAAAGGAUUGGACUUGGACAUGCAUUUGGUGUUCUCUCAAUGGUGGUUUCAGGGUUGGUGGAGAUCAAGAGAAGAGAAUUGGCCAUUUCGAAGGGUGCUUCUGAUGGGGUUGCACCAAUGUCAGUGAUGUGGCUGGCUCCUCAAUUCAUGCUCUUAGCAUGUUGCCAUGUGUUUGGAACUGUUGGACACACUGAGUUCUUCAACAAGGAGUUCCCUGAUGGCAUGAAAAGCAUUGGAAAUUCCUUGCUGUGCCUCAAUGUCUCAGCUGCUAGCAACUUGAGCAGCUUCAUAGUGAACAUUGUGCAUUCCUACACUAGGAAGCUAGGGCAACCAGAUUGGCUUGAUGGCGACAUUAACAAGGGAAGAUUAGAGUAUUUCUACUUCUUCAUUGCGGCUUUGGGAGUGUUGAAUAUGUGUUAUUUCAUAUUUUGUUCUCGUCGCUAUCAUUACAAGAUUACAAGACUCCUAUGAAAGGUUGAAGCUAGCCAAAAACUUAGCAAUUUGAAAAGUCACAUUUUUUAAGUGGUUGUAUAUCUUGGCUAUUCAUGUAUAGUUUAUGAUUCAUAUUCAGUCUCGUGCAGAGAAGGUGAUUUUUGAGGUGCCAAUAGUUGAGGUACCAAUAUAAUUGAGAUGUCAGAAAUCUAGUCUGAGGCUCCUUUUUGUUUAAAACAAAAGUUUUGUGUAGAAAUGUCUUUAUGUUAAUAAAAUAUUUAUUAUGAGUUACAUGUUUUAA